AUGACUGCUUUUAUUGUUGGAUCAAGUGGAUUAGUUGGUAACUAUAUCUUGAAACACGCACCAGAAUAUUAUUCAAAUGUUGUUAGUUUAAGUAGAUCUAAACCAGAUAAUAGUGAAAAUGAUCAAAUAACCACAAUAUUAGAGAAAAACAGUGAUGAAUGGACUAAACAAAUUGAUAAUUUCCAACUGAAAGAAGAUAAUACUGCUUUCUUUUCAGGAUUAGGUACUACAAAAGCCGCUGCUGGUGGUAUUGAAAAUCAACGUUUAAUUGAUUAUGAUUUAAAUUUAAAUUUAGCUAAAGCUGCUAAGGCAAAAGGUUUUAAGAAAUACAUCUUGAUUUCAUCAUAUGGAGCUUCAAAAGAUUCUAAAUUUCCUUAUUUAAAAAUGAAAGGUGAAUUAGAAGAUGCAGUUAAAGAUUUAGGAUUUGAAUCAACAAUUAUUUUACAACCAGGUGUAUUAUUAGGUGAUAGAAAAAUCAGUAAAGGAUUUGGUAAUAAUUUGAUGGUUAGUCUUACUUCAUGGUCUACUGGAACUCCAUUCUCUAAAUACUUGUUUAAUCCAAUUCAUGGUGAAGAUGUUGCAAAAGCUGCGUUGAAAUUGGCCCAAAAGGAGACUUCUGAGAAAGUUGUUGUUGUUGGUGGUUCUGAGCUUUAUGACAUUGCCAGAUCAUGA